CCGUUCCAAGUAGUACCGUUUGUGAGCUCCGGCAACAGAUGGCGGCGGUGGCUGGGAGGACGUCCAGCUAAAAUCUUACAGGGUGGAGGCACUGAUGGGGGAUUCCGGACAAGCUUCUAAAGAUGGUUGACUUUUAAAUUAACGCGACAAGGCUUCAGCAACCCGAACUUACUGAGGUUUUCUCACCUACAGUCUUUGAUUUUAUCAUUGUAAAUCUUGGGAUUCUCCUGGAGGCCGCAGAAGCCUCGGACUAGAUUUGGCAGCGUACCGAUCCGAGUGCUAGACGACGUCUGUGGGAUUGUUUGGAAAGUGUCACAAAACGUUUUUGCUAGAAGCUCUCAUUUUUAAGCCUAGAUAAAUAUAUUGGCUGGAGUGCAUUGUGUUCAUUCGAAAGCAAUUUUUUAAAUUGAUGUUGAGCAGAACAAAGUUAUUUAGACAAGCUAACUACAUAGCUAGCUAUGGUGCUCGUUAGCUACUUAGCAGCGAACCUAGCAUUUUGGAUGAAUGAAUGAAACAGCAGCCGCUUACAUUCUAGUUAAACUGUCUGUUCUUAAAACAGCAACAUAUCAUACACACCAAAUACUAUUUUAACAAGUGGUUAGGCCUAUUCGGCUAACUCUUGUUUGACUGCUUACUUAUACAUACCCUCAAAUGGACAGGAAUGCGGCUCCUGGGUGUAGGUGGACAGCGGCGAUUUAGCAUUACUGUUGUGGUAAUACCGACUAUAGCCUUGUAAUGUUAAUGAGGUUGAAGGAAGCUAACUUUAGCUAGCCAUAAUUCAUUUGCACUACUUUGGACUUGGCUGCUACAGUGUAAAGUAUACACCCGGUUUGGGAUGGGGAAUACGGUGUCAUGCUGCGUCUCCCCCGAGUCGAGCCCCAAGCUGCCGUCGAGACAACCGGCGGAGCGGCUGGAGGAGUACCAGACCAGCACAGAAGUGAGCGAUGAUAACACCGUGCCCUACCUACAGCACAUAAGCGACAGGGAGAUUCCUGAUGAGCUGGCCUUGGAGUCAAACCCAUCAGACCACGCCCGAGCAAGUACCAUCUUUCUUAGCAAGUCCCAGACAGACGUAAGAGACAAGAGGAAAAGCAAUCACAUAAAUCAUAUCAGUCAUGUAUCUCCUGGUCCACUGUCAAAGAAAUACAGCUCCUGUUCCACAAUCUUCAUAGACGACAACACAGUCAGCCAGCCAAACCUCAAAAGCACAAUCAAAUGUGUUACAUUAGCAAUAUACUACCACAUCAAAAACAGGGACUCUGACAGGUCACUGGACAUCUUUGAUGAGAAGUUGCACCCCUUAUCAAGAGAGCCAGUGCCAGACGAGUACUCUCGCAUUGACCCAGAACACAAACUGAUCUACCGCUUUGUUCGAACUCUCUUCAGCGCCGCACAGCUCACUGCUGAAUGUGCCAUCGUCACUCUAGUGUACUUGGAACGCCUGCUGACCUAUGCUGAGCUUGAUAUCUGCCCCGCCAACUGGAAGCGCAUCGUCCUAGGAGCCAUCCUGUUGGCGUCCAAAGUCUGGGACGACCAGGCUGUGUGGAACGUAGACUACUGCCAGAUCCUUAAAGACAUCACUGUGGAGGACAUGAAUGAGAUGGAGCGCCACUUCCUGGAACUUUUGCAGUUCAAUAUAAACGUGCCAGCCAGCGUGUAUGCCAAGUACUACUUUGAUCUGCGACAGCUGGCUGAUGACAACAAUCUCAGUUUCCCCCUGGAGCCUCUGAACAACCAGCGAGCCCAGAAACUUGAGGCUAUUUCAAGACUCUGUGAGGACAAGUACAAAGACCUGAGUCGAGCCGCCAUGAGACGAUCCUUCAGUGCAGACAACCUGAUAGGUAUACGACACUCCAAUGCCGUGCUGUCAUAGGUCAGACCGCUGCCCUCUGAAGGCUCCAUGAACCCACAGCCUGUCCCGGACAAACAAAGCCCUCUGACAGGGGUCAGAACAGCCAUAAGGCAGGACUCAGCCUGAAAAUGCUCCUUACUGUAUGACCAGCCCAAACAGUAAGCAGCAUCAUGGCUGCAGAGCUGUGCGAUUGUCUAAUUUAACUUGAAAUUCAGGUGUUAACCCAAAACUUCACCACACAACUGUUGUUUUUACAUUUUUUUAUUUAUUUCUUACUUGUCCCUUAUUUCCAGGAAAAAGUGUUGAAUAAGAAAGGCUCUACUGCGGUUAUUUCUGGAGGUAGUCUGUGGAGAAUUGUGAAGUAAAACAAUUUCAGUGACAAAGAUCUAAACUAUCCCAUAUGGACAUUCAGGGCGUACAGACAGAUACACAGGUGACUUUGUCAAAUUUCAUGAAAAGACCAAAACCAACACAAUCCAUGUCUUUGUUCUUUAACUGUGGUUGUCAACAUUUUUGAUAAUUGAAUACUUUUCUAUAGCUUCCCAUGUGUUUCCAAACAAUUCAAUCACCGUUAUUUUAAUUAUUAGUAGCACCAAUUAGAAAAAAGCACAUCUAUUUCAUAAGACAGCUGCUCUGUAAAGUAAUUAUCCAAUAUUUGUAGUCAGACUUCUACUCAUAUGUUAAAUUGUAUAAAUGUUAACUUGCAUAUGGAAAUAGAGACAAUAGACAACUUCUGGUAUUCCUCAAACCACCGGUGCUCAUGGAAGGAAAAACCUCAAAAGGGGUUGAAAAUUAAUCACCAAAAACAUUGGUAUUAAUGAUUCAGCUCCAGGCUCUUAAGAUGGUUUGGAAAGUGUAAAAGGCUUUGAAUUCAUAGGGCUAACAACAUUCCUGAAGCAUUUCUCCCUUUUUUAUGUUUUAAACCAAGUCUUACAGAUUGGACAGUGUACACAGAAUAUGUCAAAUGUGACUUCAGAAGACAAGCAAACACUGAGGAUGAAUUUAAUCCUCAGCUGGCUCUGCUGUUACAGCUGCAGCAACAAUUUAAAAAUGAGGAUAGAAUAUGAGUGAAAUCCUGUCUGAGAUGUGAAGUUGUGUUUAUGUUUUCAAGCAUUUAAACUUCUUUAGAUUCGGUUGGUGAUGCUACCUAAUCUGCUCGCUCUCAUUGGUUGUUGGAGGUAAUCCGUGGAGGCAGUCUGACCUUGAAUUUUAAAUAUCAAACAUGUUUGAUAGUUCCAAUUCAGAGCCUGGGAGGCCUCAACUUGGCAGGAAGGAGGGGUCAACUGAUAUUGGAUUUUCAGAGCUGAUAUUGAUACCUAUUAUUAAUAGUGAAUGUGACUGAUGUCCGAUAUUUGGAUUCAAUAUGAAUUUGUUAUGACAAACAUGAAACAUGUUAAAAUACUAAGAAAAAUAAAAGAUCUAGCGCUAGAUCUGUCAACAUGAGGAACAGCAAAGAGCAACACACACUUCCUGUGUCAGUGCCACCCAAGCCUCAGUGUUGAUUGGCUGGUAGUUGUGUGACAUCACACCAGUCAGAUUGUGUUGUGGGUGGGACAUCAGGUGCGUCUGUAGCAAGUGAAAACAACAUCAAAGGGGAAAAGCACACCUUUGAAUUAACUGAUUUUGACCGAUUAUCGGUAAAAUAAAAUGCUGAUACAGUUGCCAAAUGUUGACAUCAAUAGUUAGCCAGGCCUACAAUCGGUCUACCCCUAGGAGGCACCACACACUAGGGAAUUAUUUGGGCAAAUAAUUGUUGAAAUCAUGCAGUGUGUGGCCAUUCAUAGUGGGAGUCCUACUUCACAAGAAACAAUGAAAAGGCACUGACAAUCAGCCUGAAUCAGUGCAUCUCUUACAAAAAAAAGCCUUGAUAAUUUCUCUGAUGCCGCCAUAGUUUUUGUCAAAUUUAACAGGAGGAAAUACAGCUUCUUUUGGGACUACUUUUAAUGUUGGAUUAAUUAACAAACAUGAUAUUUGUGUCUCAGAAACAAGAGUAAGGGUAUUUGGUUGAUGGACAGCAAUAGGGUGCUAAAAAGAAGUAAGUGAAAUAUGUCAUUUUAAUAGUUGAUUCUGGUCUUUUCAUUGAUUUGCUGACACAAACCAAAUCAAGAGUAUCACAAGAUAGCCUCUCUUAAGAAGGUGCAUCACAUCAAAAGCUAAAGUUGUUCUUUGUAAAGCAGAUUUAAAACCCAAAGGUACUUUUAAUGGUGAGGUUCAUGAUUCCUGGAAUCCAUGAUUCAGUUCCAGUUUUGAUUUUAAGGUCAUGACUUGAUUAGGUUUAAACAUUGUUCCCCUUGGUUUUCUUGUUACAUGCUGGUGCUUUCUCUCCACAUAGCAGAAGCUACAAAGUUUAGUUUCUUGGUUAAACCAAAUGCUUUUGUCGUCAUUACUUAGCCACAGAAAAGGCUAAAAGUUGCCACAUGUGUGACUUUCAGGAAGCAGGAGGAUUUCCCAGCUUUGUUGAUCUGAUAAAAGUGGCUGUGAUGUUUCCAAAAUUGCAGCUGCAGGCUCCCAGUGAGCUACAGUGUUGGUGAUGAAGGUUUCUUUUUGUACUUCUUUCUUCUUCAAACGUGACUAAAUAGGCAGAAGUUAAAAAUGAAAACCUGCUUUUGAUCCGAAGAUGCAAAAUCAAACACCCUACUAUGAUUGAUUAAAUAUCAAAAUCAUGUCGCCCUUCUUAUCAGAGAUUUGUUUACAGUUAUGUCCAGUGGUAUUUUGAUUCUAUUUUUAGUAAAUGACCUAUUAUUUUUAUUUGAAUGGAGCUGACAGAUUGCUCUGAUCAAGUAUUAAACUCAGAAUAAUCCACAGGAGCUGACAUCAGUCAGCAGCUCAUUAGGAGUGCCAAUCUGAGGUCAGUUUUACUUUCCACAUACUCAUCUUGUGCUUAAAGAGGAGUGAUUUACAGAUUCUGGAUCAGUAUCGAUACCCUGUGGCUGGGCAUAUCAGUCGGGUUGCCAUAAAAAUAAGAUGAGAGUUGGGUGUCAGUAUUUUGUCCCUCCUGUCCUGCCAUCCUGACCUCAAAGAGUCCCUAAACUGAUUUACACAGUCCAUGCUUGUCCCUGGCCCCGAGCAGAGCUUUUGAACAAACUACAUAGAUACUGAGGGGGGAAACAGACUGAUGGGUACUCCCCUCCUUUUUGCUUACUAUGUAGGCUACUAGCUGUGAAAUGUGUCUUGUUUUUAAUUGAAAAAAAAAAACAUUUGCAGAUGGAGUAUUUUAAAUAAACACUAAUCAUGUAACAAAGAAACUUGGUGAUUGUGUGGUUUUAUGACAUUUGCUUUUUUUUUUUUUUUUUUAGCAUUGCAUUAUGUUGAAUGAUCUGUGUUGACUGGGACAGAACAAACUCCCAUUAAACCACCAGCUAAG